AUGCUCUGGUCGACCACACGAACCGUCAUUCUUGUCGCUGCUUCACUGGUCACUUCAUUCUCUCAAGAACUUUGCUUCCCUGACACAUGUGCAGACCCAGCUGAGGACAACUUCUUCUCUUACAACGCGUGUUGCGACAACGUUUGCUGCUAUCGACUGAGGUUUUGGGUUAUACCAGCAUGUAUUGCUGGAGUCGGUUUUGUGGCUGGCGCGUUUUUUGCGCUCUGUUUCCAAUGUCGAUGA